CCCAUCCCCCUCGCGCAUCUUCACCGGCAAACGGUCCGGCUUUCAUUCAUUUCAGCGGGAAGCACCUGUCCGCACGCACGGUAACGAAAGAUGGCCUCACCAAGGACAGUAACCAUUGUGGCCCUUUCUUUUGCUCUGGGUUUAUUUUUCGUGUUUAUGGGGACCAUUAAGCUCACCCCGAGACUAAGCAAAGAUGCAUACGACGAAAUGAAAAGAGCAUACAAGAGCUAUGCCAAAGCAUUGCCAGGUCUGAAGAAGAUCGGGAUCAGCUCAGUCCUGCUACGUAAGAUCAUUGGCUCUCUGGAGGUGGGCUGUGGCGUGGUGCUCACCCUCGUGCCGGGCCGGCCGAAGGAUGUGGCCAACUUCUUGCUGCUGCUUGUUAUGCUGGCUGUGCUGUUCUUUCACCAGCUAGUAGGAGACCCCUUGAAACGGUACGCCCACGCUCUAGUCUUUGGUAUUCUGCUCACCUGCCGAUUGCUCAUUGCCCGCCAGAGUGAUGACCGGCCGGAGAGAGACGACAGCAGAGAGGAACAGCACAUCAACGAUCAGGAAAAGAACAAGGUCAAGCAGUCUUAAGAUCUUGUUUCACUUUGGUCUGACCCACAGCAAAGGGAACCUGGUGCGCCUCUAUGGAUUGUAGUCAUUCAAAUUUUGAAGGAAACAGUCACUACUAGUAAUAAUACACACACACACAUAUCCUCUGUCCCAUCCACCUGGUUGACUGAUGACUCUCACCUAGUCCUCUGCACUCUUACUGUGAAACUCAGAACUCCUGACCCAUCCGUCCUCUACAUAACCAUGGACAAUCGUACCUUUGGAAACUGAUGAGCUCCGCUCAUUGUCACACACAUCCAUCCAGUUUCCCUAUUUAUUUCAGUCCUAAACUGUGUUCAAUGUUUUACUUAACUAUGGAUUUCCUUUAUGUUUUAAGUUGAUUUGAGAAUGCUGUUUUUCAUGAAAGAAUCUUUGUAGCUUGUUUUUCUAAUUUGUUUUUAUACUGUAGGUAGGAAAGUUAAUGAAUAAUGAAUUUAAAGCAUGUUUAAUUUGGUCAAGAUUACAGUAUUUAAAAUGAAAUAAGCACUGAUGAGGGAAUUUGGGGCUAAUUGUACUUUUUAAUUAGUCUUACAUAUUCACAUCUAAUGUUGAUGCAGUGUUACCAGAAGACUACUUCAGAAAAAACAAACACACACACACAAAAAAAAAAACCUUAUGAAUCCUCUUUUAUUUUUCAUCUCAGUAGACUUUUGCAGAAGUACGCAUGAAAUCUUCUCCAAGUAAAACAAGCUAAAUAUCAUCCUUUCAGUUCAGUUAUUGCACUGAAGUUGUUUAGCUGGGAAUGACAGCAGUCGCUGCCUCAAACGUCGGCUGCUGGCUUGUACUGCAGAACAUAACUAAAUCAGAAAGGUCUUUUCGUGUUGAAGCUCAGUUUUACCAUUUGUAAUUCACUCUUGGAAAUCUCAAAUUCUAAUCACGGGUUUGGUUUUUCUUCUCUAAAGAUAUGAAAAGCAUUCUUACUGCAGUUGAAAAGGCUGUCAGUUUUGAGACUCAAAAUAUUUCUGUAAAUGGUAUACUUAAAAUAAAGAAUUGGAGCUGAUCCUGA